CGACCAUAGACUGAAUUUUGAAGCAGUGUAAAAAUAUAUACUAAUAAUAUCGAUAGUGCGGACGAACCAUCAUAAGCUGUGAAAUUUCUGUAAAGUUUUUCUGUGUUAUGGUUUAUUGAUUUGCAUCCGUCUUUGAUUCUAUGAUUAUCCGAGAAAGAGUUGUAAUUUCACUUUCUAAAGUAGAAUCUCUACCAAUGAUAUCAUUAAUAUCCAUAAUGCUUAGGGUGUCUGUAUUAUAACUUUCGGUCAAUAAUGGUCAGGGUACGUUAAAUAUGCUUACAGGAGCUAUGAUGACAAAUCAUUUAAAUGUGGUUAAACGCGGUUAAAUUUGCGAUCGCUGUCUCAAUUCUCUACCGUACUGGUCCAUGUGAGCACAAUGUUCGAUCAUGCUGAAAUCAUAGUACCUGCAGAGCAUACAAAAGAUGAAAGUAUGGAAGAAGAAGUAAAUUUAACUUCAAAACUUGAAGAAACUGAAUCACAGUCAGAAAUAAUGAAAAGUGAUAUAGAAGUGGAUUCUGAAAAUAAAAAGGAGAAUUCAACUGAAGAAAUUGUAAAAGAGUCACAGCUAGAAAUAAUUAAAAAUGACGUUACAGAUGAGCCUGAAAAUCAACAGAGUAGUACGUUUUACGAAGAGAUUAUAAAUGAAUCACAACCUGAAAUUGUAACUAAAUCACAGUUAGAAAUAGUCAAAAGUGAUGGAAAAGAAGAGCCUGAAACUAGAAAGUAUGCAAAACUUCCUAAAGAAACUUUAAUAGAAAAUGAAAAAAAUUUUAUUAUUAAUAUGGAUGAUAACAUUGCACAUUCAGCAAAUGUGGAAACAACAAGUGAUAUUGAAAUGGAUGCAGAAAAAGUUGUAAAGAUAGCUGAUGCAGAAGAUCUAGAAUUAAAUAAGAAUGAGGAACUCUCUAACAAGCAACAAUUGGAAGAUAAUUUAAAGUGCGAUACCAGUAAAGAUAAUUUGAAAGAUAUUUUAGAAACUGCUAGUAAAGUAGAAGAUAUAUUUUCUGAAGAACAGUGCCAAAGUACACAGGAUAUUGUUACAAGUAUCCUAGAUGAUGUAAGAAAUGCAACUGAUUUCAAGAAUAUUUUAAGCACGGAAGCUGUUGUAGCAAAUGAAAUAGAAGAGGUUCUUCAACAAUCUGGAAAUAUUCCAUUAGCAGAAACUGAAAUUGAAGAAUUUACUGAAAAAUUACCACAGGAUUCAGAAGAUAUCCUGAAUAAGGAUAUGGAGGAUUCAAUCUCAGAACACAUAGAUUCCCUAGAAGGACUAUUAGGUUUAGAUUUAAUACCAGAGGGUGAGGAUUCCUCGUUGAAAGCAACAAAAGCUGAAGAGGAACUUCAGAAAUCAGACCAAUUAUCAAAGGUUGUAGACAUGAGUCUUUUGUUAGAACAGUCAGAUCCCAUUUCUGACAUGGCACAAACUUCUGAUUAUAUAACACAGGUAAUCAGUAGCUGUUUAACAGAUAGAAAUGAUUUAUCAUUAGAGACUACAAAGAAAUCCAAUACAAUUGAAGUUGUCGAUGAUAAAGUUAAAAAAUCUCCAGCUAGUGACAUAUUGAAAAUCGAUGGAAGUAUAAUUGUUGAGUCUAUAGAUAAGGAUGAAAAUGUUGAAGAUUUACAAAAAGAUUUAAAGCAAGUUACGGACUUAGAAGAAAAUGAAUUGGACAUAGAUUUUGAAGAAGCUCAAUUGGAGUCCGUAGGUGAUCUUGAAGACAUAGAAUCACAGCCAGAAAUAGAUAAAAAUGAUGUUGACGAAGAAUCUGAAAAUAUUAAAAAUGCUGGACUUUCUGAAGAAAUUGUAGCGGAAGAUCAAGAAAAUUUAGUUAUUAAUAUGGAUGAUAAUACUGUAAAUGCAACAAAUGUGGAAACAGCGAGUGAUAUUGAAAUAGAAUUAGCUUCAGAUAUCUUGCUGCAUAACAUGGAUCAUAAUGGUAAAGCUGAAAAUGUAGGAGAUAUACAGAAAGAUUUAAAAGUGGAUACUGAUUUAACAGAAAUCAAAUUUGAGGAAGCACACCUGGAAUCUGUAGGUGAUCUUGAAGAAAUAGAAUCACAGGCAGAAAUAGCUAAAAGUGAUCUUGAAGAAAUAGAAUCACAGGCAGAAAUGGCUAAAAGUGAUCUUGAAGAAAUAGAAUCACAGGCAGAAAUGGCUAAAAGUGAUCUUAAAGAAAUAGAAUCACAGGCAGAAAUAACUAAAGGUGAUGUUAAAGAAACAGAACCACAGGCAGAAAUAGUUAAAAGUGAUCUCGAAGAAAUAAAAUUACAGGCAGAAAUAGCUAACAGUGAUGUUAAAGAAAUAGAAUCACAAGUAGAAAUGCCUAAAAGUGAUGUUAAAGAAAUAGAAUCACAAGUAGAAAUGCCUAAAAGUGAUGUUGAAGAAACAGAAUCACAGACAGAAAUAGCUAAAGGUGAUGUUGAAGAAACAGAAGCACAGACAAAAAUAGAUGUAGGUAACAUUGAAGAAACAGAAUCACAGACUGAAAGAACUGAAGAUAAUGUUGAAGAAACAGAAUCACAGGCAAAAAUAGUUGAAGGUAAUAUUGAAGAAACAGUAUCACAGGCAGAAAUAACUAAAAGCACUGCUGAAAAAGCAGAAUCGCAGGCGGAAAUAAUUAAAGGUGAUGUUGAAGAAACAGAAUCAAAGGUAAAAAUAAAUAAAAGCAAUAUUGAGGAAACAGAAAUACAGAUAAAUAUAGCUAAAGAUAAUGUUGAAGAAGAAUCUGAGAAUGAAAACAAUAUGGAACUUACUGAAGAAAUUAUAAUUGAAUCACAGCCAGAAAUAAUGAAAAGUGGUGUUGAAGAAAAAUGUGAGAAUAACAAGAAAAUGGAAUUUACUGAAAAAAUUGUAACUGAAUCACAGUCAGAAAUAAACAAGUGUGAUGUUGAAGAAGAGUCUGAGAAUAGAAAAGAACUUUCUGUAGAACUUCCUAUAGAACUUCCUGUAGAACUUUCUGCGCAGCUUUCUGAAAAAAUUGUAACAGAAGAUCAGGAAAAUUUAGUUAUUAAUAUGGAUAAUAGUACUGUAAAUUUGGCAAGUGUAGAAAGGGCAAGUAAUAUUGAUACUUCAAAUAUCUUGUUGCAUAAUACGGAUUGUUAUGGGAAAGAAGAAGAUGUUGGGGAUUUGCAAAAAGUUUUUAAAGGGGGUACUAAUUUGACAGAAAAUGAAUUGGGCAUGGAUUUUGAAGGAGCUCCACUGGAAUCUGUAGGUGAUCUUGAGAAAACAGAAUUGCAGCUAGCCAAAAUUGAUGUUGAAGAGGAAUCUGAGAAUAGAAAACACAUAGAACUUCCUGGAGAAAUUGUAACUGAACCACAACCAGAAGUAGUGAAGAAUGUUGAUGAAGAAGAACAUGAGAAUAGAAAAGGUAUAGGACUCUCUGAAGAAAUUAUAACAAAAAUCCAAGAAAAUUUAGUUAUUGAUAUGGAUGUUAAUGAUGCAGAUUUAUCAAAUAUGGAAAGAUCAAAUGAUAUUGAAACACAAUUAACCUCAGAUAUUCUGUUGCAUAACGUGGGUCAAGAUAACAAAGAUGACAAUUUUGAGAAUUUGCAAAAGGAUUUAAGAGAAGGUACUAAUUUGGACAUGGACUUUGAAGAAGCUCCAUUGGAAUCCAUAGGUGAUCUUGAAGAAACAGAAUCACAAUCAGGAAUUGUUAAAAAUGAUAUUCAAGAGGAUCCUUCUGAGAAUAGAAAGAAUGCAGAACUUUCUGAAGCAAUUGUAACAGAAGAUAAUCCAGCAGAAGGUAAUCUAGUAGAAGCUAAUCUAACAGAGGAUAAUCUAACAGAGGAUAAUUUAACGGAAGAAAAUUUAGUUACUAAUAUGAAAGAUAAUAUUGCAGAUUUCCCAAAUAUGGAAAGAUCAAGUGACAUUGAAUUAGAAUUGCCUUCAGAUAUCUUGCUACGUAACGUGGAUCAUGAUGAAAAUUUAGAUGAUGCUCGGUCUGCCAUAGAAACAUCUCAACCUAGUUCUGAAAUAUCCGAGCUUGAAUCAGCUGUUAAAUUUUUGCAAGAGUCUGAAGAACAAGCAAUGGAUUCUCCUUUGGUAUUAUCUCCUAAAAUGAUGGAAAGUGUCGUAGAUGAUAUAUCCAAACAAGCUGAUGCAUCAUCUCUGUUUGUACCUAAUGAAGAUAUAUGUGAAAAUACGUCAGAAUUAGACGUGGAACUACAGAACAUCACGACAGAUUCGAUUUCUAUUUCUGAGGCGGAAAUCAUCUCGGAAGCUGCGAAACUGGAAAGCGAGAGAAAACUUGCCGAGCAAAUUAAAAUUGAUGCUUUACAAGACAAAUUUGAGAUAGAUGAUGACAAAGAGAUAAUAAAUGAAGGUAUAAUCGAAGGGAAGAUAACACUAUCUGAGACUAAAUUUAGCGUAACACCUUUGGAGAACAUCGAAAUACAGCAAUUACGAAACUUAGAAAGCAAUAAGGUAUCUGACGCAAUGGUAACAUUACCACAUGUUUCACCUAACGUUUUAAAGACAUCCGAAUCUAUACCAAAAGUUUCGAUUUUAGAAGAACGUCUAAGGGAACCACCCAAGAUAGAAAUUCCUACUACAGAUGUGGCAAAAGUAUCGAUAUCUCCGAACAUCUCUAAAGAUAGUCUCUUGAUUCAAAAGGAUGCAAAAUUAAUUGCCUAUCAAAAGAUGUUGGAAUCGCCGAAGAUGUCCGAUAAAUCAGAAUCGAAGAUAGUUGACACACCACGAAAGGAUUCCGAAAAACACGAUUUCGAAAAUGUCGGAUCUCCACGAAUCAUUUUAAAGAUAGCAAAGUCUGCAAUCACUGAUUGUGGAGAACCGAGAUCGCCUAAAAGUCCGAAAAUCAGAUCUGCGACCAACUCGCCAAAUCCUGAAGAUAGUCCAGGUCAAAAACUAGGGAAAAUAAAAUUGAAAUUAUCUAAAGGAGGUCACCCUUCUAUAAUAUCCAAUGAGAACAUCGAAGAAGUUGGACAAUGGUAUUCUGAAGGAUCAUCAUCGUUGUCUCCUCUUGGUAUGAAGAUUAAAUUUUCAAAAUCCGGGGAUCCAUCUAUAAUUUCCGCUGAGAAAUACGAAUCGAUCGAUGAUUGUAAAGAGGGUAAACACAAAUUCGAAGAAACUGUGCGAACAGAAUCACCGAUUGGAAUGAAAAUCAAGUUAUCAAAAAGUGGUGAUGCAUCUAUAGUGCAACAAGAUGCAAAAGAAAUGCAGAUAAAGCAUAAAGAUAAACUAGACAUGGUUCAGGAAAGUCCAAAGAGAACGGAAUCUCCAAUUGGAAUGAAAAUUAAGCUUUCAAAGACUGGAGACGCCUCGAUAAUACAAUCCGAGAGACAAGAUUUUUUGGAAGAAUAUAAAGAUAAUGUGCAAAUGAAACCAAAGGAGAAGCUCGAAUCAUGUUAUGACUCUCCCAAGAGAACUGACUCUCCUAUAGGAAUGAAAAUCAAACUAUCUAAAAGUGGGGACGCUUCGAUCGUUUCUCCGGAUUUGCUAGAAGAAAAUAAAGAUAUCAACAAAAUGAAAGAUAAAUUAGAGUUAUCUCCAGAAAUUCCAAAGAGAACCGAAUCCCCAAUUGGAAUGAAAAUUAAGCUAGCAAAAACGAAGGAUGGCGGAGCUUCUAUAAUAUCGGUAGAAAACUCUGAAGAAGUAAAAGACAAACUAGAAAUUCCAGAUAUUCCCAAACGGACGGAAUCGCCGCUUGGAAUGAAGAUCAAAUUGUCCAAAACUGGAGAUGCAUCAAUCGUUCAUUCAGAAGUAUUGGACGAAAUUAAAGAUAAAAUAGAUACAGUUCAAGAUGCGUCGAAAUCAUUGGAGUCAUCACAUAUUGAGGUCUCGGAAGAAGAGCAAUCAGUGGAAAAUAUACACGAAACUUUACCAAAAAUCGACUCGCCUCUUGGUAUGAAGAUCAAGCUUUCUAAGUUUGGUGACGCAUCCAUAGUUUCUUUAGAAAAGCAAGAACAACUGGAAGAAAGCCCCAAGAGAACAGAAUCGCCUCUUGGUAUGAAGAUCAAACUAUCUAAAAGUGGCGACGCUUCUAUUAUACAAACUGAUACGUCUGAAGAUGCGAAUAAAACGAUACGAACAAUCGAGGCAGAACAUUCUAAAACCACUGAUGCUUCUUUAGGUAUGAAGAUAAAGUUGUUAAAAACCGGAGACGCCUCUAUAGUAGAUCCAGAAAAGAAGGAUAGAGAACAGAGACGUCGAGAUGCUGAAUCAUCUCUGGAAAUGAAAAUUAAACUAUCUAAAACAGGUCAUCCAACGAUAGUGGCUUGCGAUAAUCAAGCGGAAGUAUAUAAGUCCAAAGAAGCGGUUGAUCCGCCUCAAAAUUUUGCGCAAAGGUACAAAGAGCCUGGGCAAAUCGGACACAAAGAACCUGCGCUAAAGAUUCUUAAAAGUGGUAAUUCGACUAUUUUACAAAGCAAUCGUUCAGAACUGACUAUUGAGCCAGUGCAAAUGCAGGGGAAAAAAUUAGAGAAUGUGAUUGAAAUGUCUCCAAAGCGGAAAGAUGUCACCAUCGCGCCGAUCGAAUCAAAAAAGUCUAAGCUGGAAACUCAGCUUACUCAAAUUUUACCUGAGGUUACUAUUCAGCCUGUAACGUCUAGGGAACAGAAGCAAUUCUUGUUCGAUCCAAAAAACAGUGCAAUCAGUCUUCAACAGAUGAAUGUAAUAAAUCAAGAAAUCAGUAUUACUCAAGUGAGACCUCAAAAAUCGACUGAUGCUUCUAUGAAUGAGAAAUUAAAGGAUAUUUUAUCGAAAAACGUAUCCGGUUCCCCGCUGAAUUCCGACUGUGAAAUUAUAGAACACCGUUCAGAAUUGAUAAUAGUAAAUGAGAACUCAAACUCAAGCCAGGAUGUUGUCAUAAUAGAAGAGGUAUCUACGAAUAGAAUGCCAGAAGUUAAGGUGCCCAAGAAAAGAGGUAGACCCAGAAGGAAUCCAUUACCACAAGGAAUUACUCAUCCUCCACCUCAUUUGUUAAUGUCUAGGGAUCCUUUGUCUUUAGACGAUGCACAACAGAUGCAACAACCACAAGUACCUCAUUUUCCACAAUCCAGAGAGAAUGAGAGACCUAAGAGAACCUGCAGAAGCCAGAAGAGUUAUGCACCUCCUAGAAGAGGUAGAGGGCGAGGUCGAGGAAAGCGAAAAUUGGAUGCUGUGGAUCCUCAGAUAAUAAAGAAGCCUAGAAUCGAGCAAGAUCUAAAUGCGAUAGAAGCGUCUACUACAGCUGUAAUAACAAUAGAUGAUUCUGGGUUGCAACAAGAAUCUUUCGGAAAGUCACCAGAAUUGUAUAAAGCCCUUAAACAACCAGCAAUGGAUUCCAAAAUUGUUAAUUCUUCGGGUAAAGUCAACAAGAAGAUUAUGGGACAAAAGAAUGGCGGAGUAAAAAGUGCAAAUAUAGUUAAUAACACGCUUCCAGACUCCACGGGUAUGCAAUCAGAAACAAACAAAACACCAGAGAUGCGAUUACCGAAACCCAUAUCGAAUGACGUUAAGGAUAAAAAGUUGGCUGACAUCGUUCCUGAAAGAAUGCAAAAGACUGCAACGAAAUUAGAUUCCGAUAAUAGAUCCGAUAAACCGAUGGAAAAUGCAAAAUUGGAAAACAAGGACAUGUUAGUACCACCCGGACAUCCAAAUUGGUUAACACCAGCAUCGAAACGAACAGAAAAUGCUACAAAGCAUGAGAAUAUGUCUAUGGUACAAGUAAUAGAUGAGGAAACAAGAAUGAGUGCAGAAUCGGGAUCCAGAUCUCAGACUCCAGCCAGAAAUAUUUCUGCACCAGCCUCUGAUACCAUAGUAAAUGAGGAGUCUCAAGGAAGUGUACUUAGUACUGCAACUACGGAGUCAGAAAAAGUAAAGGUCAAGAAUCGAAGAAUGGAAAUUAAUUUUGAUCCAGACGAAGGACCAUUUACAGUCGAUAAAAUUGCUGAGUACGAAUGGCCACUUGACCGUAAAGGUGAAACCUUUAUGAUACAAGAACAAAUAUCUCAAUACCUUGGUGUAAAAUCUUUUAAACGAAAAUACCCAGAUUUGAAGAGAAGAGUUGUGGAUAUGGAAGAAAGGAAUUAUUUGAGAGAAAAUGGUUUGGUUAGCGAGGCAAUGUGUGAUAUGGGUCUAACUGCUAUAUGCAGUUCAGAAGUAUUAGAUGUAAUGUGUAGUGAUUUCCCAGAUCAGUAUGAAGAAUAUCGCAAACAUAUGCGUGAGAAGCAAGUAAAAGAACAUUCCAAAAAACAGAAAGAAUUAACAGCAGCUGCAAAUGCAGAAAAAAAUAGAAUUGAUCUAGCAGAAAUGGCAGUUCAGUCUGCAUUAUCUUGGAAUAUUAGCUUAAAUAAAGCUCGACGAGAAAAUAGGAAAUGCAGCUUAGACUUACAAACUUUCACAAUCCAUGUGCCAAAGAAACAACAGGAAGUUGAGUCGGAACGCAGAAUUGGUCACUAUCCUGUUGCGUUGAUACCAGGGCAGUAUACAGAUUAUUACCGCGAAUACACACCAGCUGAGUUACGGUAUUAUCCUCUAAAUACUGUUCUUUAUGGUCCCAUGAGGCCAAAUGAACGUAAAUUUGAUAGCCAAUCAGAAGGAUCUCAAAGUGAUACCGAUAGUGAUUCAUCUUCAGAUGAUUCAAGUUCGACUUCUAGCGAGGGAACGCAAGAUACCGAAGGCUCACAAUCUACAAUGGAUGACGUAGAUAUGGAAAUAACAAAUCGAAAAGAUGAAAUAAAAUUAAAGUGCAAGAUGUGUUUGAAGACCUUAAAUAAGCAUAGUAAAAAUGAAGUAUUAAUUCAAUGUGGUACAUGUAAUGGACAUGUUCAUCCAUCGUGUAUAGAUUUAACAUUAGACAUGGUUCCUCAUAUCCAAUCAUAUGCAUGGCAAUGCACAGAUUGUAAAACUUGCGCUCAGUGCCAUGAUCCUGCAGACGAAGAUAAAAUGCUGUUUUGUGAUAUGUGCGAUAGAGGGUAUCAUAUUUAUUGUGUUGGUCUCCGACGAGUACCGCAAGGAAGAUGGCAUUGCCAAGAAUGUGCUGUCUGUGUGAAUUGUGGCUCAAGAGAACCUGGUGGUAUAAAUUCUGAUAGAAAUAGUGUCGCUCAGUGGCAACAUGAAUAUAAGAAGGGUGAUAAGAAUACUCGCGUUUAUGUUUCUACGCUAUGCGUUCCAUGCUCGAAGCUAUGGCGAAAGGGUCGCUAUUGCCCGCACUGCAGUCGCUGUCAUACUGCCCCAAGACUUGACCUGGAAGUGAACCUAGUGCAUUGCAGCGCAUGUGACAAAUAUCUGCACUUAGGUUGCGUGGAGACCAAGGGAAUGCCGCUAGACAGGAAAAAUUAUCUAUGUGAUUUCUGUGCACCAAAUCGUCAGCAAAUGGUGAAAUCACUAAUAUCGAGAACAUUGAGAACGUAAAUAAAAACAAAAUUUUUAUUUCAGCUCGAGAAGUGUAUAAAAUGUGAAUCACUCGCGUAAAUGAUAAAAGUUUUUAUUUAUGUGGACAAUGAAUACAUUGUGAAGACUUAAGUAUGUAAUUGAUUUAUCAUGAAACGUUUCGUAUGAAUUUUAUGAACGAAUGAAAUACCAUUGUACAUAAUUGUAUGAUUAUGCUGAAUUUAAAAAAUUAACAUUUUGUUACACAGUAAUGGAUAUAACUAACUGCAUAUAAAACUUAGAAUAUAAAGAAAUCUCUCUUUAAAUGUUAAUGUUCAGUAAAAAUCUUAAGGAUUCUAAUUUUUUUUAUAAUUUUUAUCCUUUUAUUUUUAGAUAUUAAUUUUCCUUUAUGAAGAUAUUGCUGCAAAAUGAAUCGAGGAGAAGUCAAUUUUUUUGUUAUAUGUGAAUUGUGUUUAUAAUUUAUCUUCUUUUUCCCUUACUUAUAGAUAAAAAUUACGUAUCAUGAUAAGAAAUAAUUAUGGGAGAAGACUGCUUCAUAGAAUUAUAUAAAUUUUCUAAUGAUUUUUAACAUUUCUUUUUAAAUGUACAUAAUAUGGUUUUUUUUAAUAUUUACAUUUGUUACAUGCUUAUACAAAAGUUCAAUAAUAACUUAUAGAAUUAAUUUUAAUUUAUAAGAAACUUAACAAUUUUAUAAUUUAUUAAUACGUUUUCUAAAAAAGCACUGAGAAUUAAUGCGUAUGUAUAUUGAAGGCAAAAAAGGGAGUAUAAUAAAAUAUGAAACAAAAUAGCAAUUUCUUAAAAAUAUA